CAUUAAGAGACAUUUAGUGGAUAUAACAUUUUGAAGAGAUUUGUUUCACUACAUUAUAUUUCGUUUUAAAUUUAUCUUCUCUUCUUUUGAAAAAUGAAACUUUGGACUUUUCUUCCCUGGCUGCCUUGCCUUUUAAUUUUUAUCAUGUGUUUGGGAUCUGAGUGCGGGACUGUCCGGAGAAUGGUGAGAUCUAAAAGAGACUUGGUGCGCAUUAGGGAAGCCAGAAGUACCUUCCCAGGGGCUUGUGCCACACGUCUGCCUCGGGGCAAACGUUCCUUGCCCGGGAUGGAUCGGCGGUCGCCUCGCCAGCAUCGUCGCUCCUCCCAGGCGGAGGAGAGCUCUUCAGGUCGGGUAAAAGCUGUUUAUUUUACCGGCAGAGGAGAUCAGCUACGACUGAAGCCGACUGUGGAGGUACCGAGAGGAAAUUUUACCCUGGAAAUGUGGAUCAGACCAGAAGGAGGGCAACGGUCACCCGCAGUAAUAGCAGGACUCUAUGAUAAGUGCUUCUAUGCCUCCAAUGACCGGGGCUGGCUGCUGGGAAUUAAAGCCGUGAGCGAGCAGGGCAACCGAGAUCCUCGCUUCUUCUUCUCCCUCAAGACUGACCGUGCCCACAAGGUCACCUCUAUUACCUCCAACACACGCUACCUGCCCCAUCAGUGGACCCACCUGGCCGUCACCUAUAAUGGGCAGCACAUGAACCUGUUUGUGAACGGCGCCCAGGUCGCCGUGAGCCGCGAGCAGUCAGGUGAGGUCUUCAGCCCCCUCACCAGGAAGUGCAAGGUGCUGAUGAUUGGCGGCAAUGCCCUCAACCACAACUACCGUGGUAUGGUGGAGCACCUGCGGCUAUGGCGACGUGCCCGCUACCAGCCGGAGAUCAUGAGGGACAUGCGGAGGAGGAGCCGAGACGAGCCAGAUGACAUUGGCCAGCUGGUCAUCCAUGAGAGCUUCAUCAACGCCUCUCAUAAGUGGCUCACUGUGAAAGAUGGCAGCUUCCCGCAGGCAGAGAGGGCAGGUCGCCCAGGAGUGGGAGACGCGGGAGGGUGGCUGGACACCGUGCUGGAGCCACCGCCCUGUGGCCAGACGGUCUGCGAUAACGUGGAGGUGGCCAUCAACUACAACCGCUUCUGGACCUUCCGCAAGGCCAAGACGGUGCGCUACCGGGUAGUGAACGUCUACGACGACUCCCGUCACAAGCCGACCGUCACGGAGCACCAAAUCCACCUGCAGCACCAGCACCUGAACGAGGCCUUCCGCAUGUACAACAUCACCUGGGAGCUGACCGUCCACAACGUGUACAACUCCUCGCUGCGACACCGCCUGGUGCUGGCUAACUGUGACAUUAGCAAAGUUGGCGACGAGGAAUGCGACCCCGAAUGCAACCAUACGCUUACAGGUUUCGAUGCUGGCUACUGCAAGAAGCAAAGGACUAACUGUCCGGAUAGAAAACAGGGCAACGAAGAGUGUGACCCGGAAUGCAACUGGGAUAACUUCAGCUACGAUCAAGGAGACUGCUGUAACCCCAACAUCACUGAUGUCACGAAGACGUGCUUUAAUCCUGCUUCACCACUACGAGCGUUUCUGGAUGUCAAAGAGCUCAAAGAGAUAUUGAAUCUGGAUGGCUCCUCACAUCUCAACAUCUUCUUUGCCAACUCCACGGAUGAAGACCUGGCUGGGGUUGCUACCUGGCCCUGGGAUAAAGAAGCUUUAACACAUUUAGGUGGGAUUGUGCUGAAUCCUUCCUUUUAUGGCACUUUUGGUCACACUCACACCAUGAUCCAUGAGAUCGGUCACAGUCUGGGCCUCUACCACGUCUUCAGAGGGAUCUCUGAGGUCGAGUCGUGUAACGAUGCCUGCUGGGAGACAGAGCCCUCCCUGGAGACAGGAGACCUGUGUGCUGAUACCAACCCCACGCCCAAGUACAAACACUGCAGGGACCCUGAGCCUGGAAACGAUACCUGUGGCCGGCGUCAUUUCACCCAAACUCCCUAUAAUAACUAUAUGAGUUACGCAGACGAUGACUGCACUGACUCAUUCACACUUAACCAAGUGGCUAGAAUGCACUGCUACCUGGACCUCAUCUACCAGUCCUGGCAGGCGGGCAGCAAGCCCCCACCUGUGCCCAUGGCACCCCAGGUGGUGGAGCAGGAAGACAAUGCGCUGCUGCUGGAGUGGUUCCCGCCCAUCACAGGGCGCUUCUACGACAGAGAAGUGGGAUCAGUAUGUGAUAAAUGCACAGAAGGGAGGGUCCUUAUGCAAUACGCCUCCAACUCCUCAUCUCCCCGCCCCUGCGCUCCCUCAGGACACUGGAGCCCUCGGGAGGCCGAAGGCCCACCAGACGUGGAGCAAGCGUGCGAGGCCAGCGUGCGAACCUGGAGCCCCAAUUCUGGCAUGGAUUCCAGCAGCGUGGGCUCCCCCCCGUGCCCCCUGCAGGGCUGCAUGCUGCAGCUGGAGUUCCUUCACCCUCUGGUGCCCGACUCCCUCACAGUGUGGGUGACCUUCUUCUCACCUGAGGAGACCCAGCUGCCAGCCAUUCAUAACAUCGUGCUCUUGACCGUCGGCGGCAACAACAUCUCCCUGGGUCCUUGGGACGUCUUCUGCGACACGCCGCUCACUAUCAAGCUGUUGGUGCAGGAGGAAGUGUACGGCGUGCAGUUCUUUACCAUGGAGCAGCACCUGGAGAUCGACGCCACGCUGCUGUCCUCCAGACCCGACUGCCCGCUGUGCCAGGGCUGUCAGCCGCUGCGAUACCGCCUGCUGCGCCAGCCGCCCUUCCCUCACGCUCCCCUGGGCGUUCUGGUGUCCGACCCCAGCCGCAGAUAUGUGGACAGAGAUGUGGAGCCCGGUGUAGUGUACACAUAUCAAGUGCUGACCGUAUCCAAGAGAGCUGAAAGUGAACCAUCACCUCCACUCAUUCACCAGCUGGGGGCGCCAUACUGCGGUGAUGGCCAUGUCCAAAGACUUUUGGGUGAACAGUGUGACGACAUGAAUUCUGUGAAUGGAGAUGGGUGUUCAAGCCAGUGCAAGAAGGAAACUUUCUUCAACUGCGUAGAUGAGCCCAGCAUAUGUUACUUCUACGACGGAGAUGGUAUCUGUGAAGAAUUCGAGCGGGAAAGAAGCGUGAGGGACUGUGGCCUCUACACGCCGAGCGGUUUCCUGGACCAGUGGGCCACAGAGAUUGAGGUGUCCCACGAGGAGAGUGUUCACUGCCCAGCAGAUGUUGCUGUGGGGUACCCUGCGGUGACCAAGACCUGCCAGUCAAAGGCAUUUGACCUCUCCGAUGGAGUCUCCCAGUACGCUUGGUUCCCAUGUCAAGAGGCCCAACAGCAGUCUUGGAACCCUCACUACUGGCUCAAGGCACACUAUUCUCACCCAAUGGUUGCUGCUGCUGUCAUAAUUCAUUUGGCUGCAGAUGGGACCGGUUACAUUGACCAGACCCAAUGCAAUAUUACUGUUCAACUAAUGGACACCAAGGAACAGAUACACAGUUUAGGGGAAUGGCGUCUAAGCUGUAGGAACAAUCCCUUGGUGAUUCCUGUGCACCAUGACCUGAGCAUGGCCUUCUACCGCACCAAAGCCAUCGUGGUGAAGUUUCGCUCACAUUUGGUGGCCAUCUCUGGGGUGGGCCUCCGGUCCUUCCAAUACUUUGACCCCAUCACCAUCAGCGGUUGCCAGAGCAAUGAGAUAUACAACCCUAUGGGUCAGAGUUGUGUUCAUUACUCAUGCGAGGCCAUCUACUGCCAAGGGCCUCUCAUCCGCAAUGCUGAAAUGGCAUGCAGCAGUCCCAGAUACUUCAAUGGGGCCCGCUGCACAGUCACUUGUAUCCGUGGAUAUGUGCUGCAGAUCCACCGGGAUGAUGACAUCAUCAAGACCCAGUCAGACUCCAUAGUAACUAUCACCUGUGCCGAUGGCAAGUGGAACAAGCAGGUGACCUGUGAACCUGUGGACUGCGGACGACCAGACAAGUACCAUGUGCACCCAGCUGUCUUCCAUUUUCCUGAGGGAACAACCUAUGGCAAAAGAUGCACCUUUCAGUGCAAAGAGCCUGCUCAGCUCGUAGGCUCCAACAACACUCUGACCUGCAUGGAGGACGGCAUGUGGUCUUUCCCGGAGGCGCUCUGUGAACUGCGCUGUCCCACACCACCCCCAGUUCCCAACGCCAUCCUGCAGACCCGGCGGUGCAAUUUCACCGGCCUGAAGGUGGGAUCUUUCUGCAAGUACAAGUGCAAGCCUGGCUACCAGGUGUCCAACACCGACAGGCUGAGAAGUGAUGCUGUCUCCGUCCCCAGGCGUGCAUUCAAGAGACAGUGCACCGAGGAUGGGAGCUGGCAGGAGGGGGCCUGCGAGCCGGUCACCUGUCCACCUCCCCCCCCCGUCUUCCACGACAGCUUCCGGUGCACCGACGGCUUUAGGUUCAACAGCGACUGCUGGAUCAGCUGCGACGCAGACAUGCAUACGGGUCCUGCUACCAACGUGAUCCGAUGCAGAAAGGAUGGAAAUUGGACUGGCUCAUUGAAGAUUUGCCCUCAGAUGAAAGGACGGUGCUCCCUCCCUCAGAACCUGAGUCCCAGCAUCCGUGUCAGCUGUAAGGAUGGACAUGGAAUAGGUGAAGAGUGUGAAUUGAUGUGCAAGGACAGAAACAACAAUGUGGUCGUCCUGCCCGACAACACAACAGUAGAGACCAUAAUGAAAGACCACUGGAUGAAUCCACCCAAAGUCAAGAGUAUUGUGUGUACGAUGGGCCUGAAGUGGUUCCCUCAUCCAGAAGCAUUGCGCUGCAUUAAAGGUUGUGAGCCCUUCAUGGGUGACAAUUACUGCGACGCCAUCAACAACCGAGCGUUCUGUAACUAUGACGGUGGAGACUGCUGUCACUCAACUGUCAAAACUAAAAAGGUUAUUCCAUUUCCGAUGUCCUGCGACAUCCGAGAAGAUUGCGCCUGCCGGGACCCCAACGCCCAGGAGCACAGCAAGGGGGGGCUUCCACAUUCCCUGGGCUGAGUCCAGCGAUCCCCUGAGUGGCCCAUACAUUCCUUGCUACAUUGCUGCUUACAGGAGUACCUCUCCAUUCAUAUUGCACCCCUACAUGUCUGUCGACUUGCCUUCUCAUCAGGAAGAAAAUAAAAGGACUGAAGUGGGUAUGAAACAAUUUACACCAAAAUAAAAUCACAAUGGAAUGAAAGAACAAAUGAACAAACAAACAGAAAAGAACCCAACGACACAUGAGAAAAUAUAGUUUUACACAAAGAAAGGAAACCUGAAAAGAAAUCACGUCACUGUAGUUUUGUGCGGCUUUACUCACCAUUCUGUCCUUUAUUGUCUUGAUUUUCCUAAGAUAAGGAAAAACUGAAAUUGCUUGUCAGAGACAGAUGAAAUAACAGAUCCACAUGGAAAUAUGUGUUUGGUUGAAUAUUUAGGGAAAAGUAUCAACAAUGUAUAUAUCAAGAAGUAAUAAAUGAGGGAAUAUAUACACAUACAUACAUACAUAUAUGUGUGUGUGUAUGUGUAUAAAUACAGUAACAAUAUAUAACGAAAAAAAAAUAUCUGAAAAUAACAUAAAAAAAAAAACCUGUUACUGACAUUGUAACCUGUGACCAUUUAUAAGCCCUUAUGAUUAUCAUUUUUAUUUAUCUGUAUGCUCAUAAUGGUUGUUCUGCAAGUGAGAAAAGAAUAGAAAACAGAGAGGGGAGAGUCCUAAAAUUGGACCUUUCAAAAUUAAAUCAUAAUGGUUAUUUAUUUGGGUCACGGGUUAUAAGUGUUGAGUGCAGAGCUGAGAUUUGAUUUGGCUGAACUGAGGAAGAACGUGUUUUCUUUGUUAAUUAAAAGAAAAAAUACACUAGAAGAAAAUAGUACCUAUAUUGUCAAAUUACAAUAUAGUCUGAUUUGAAAUUCAUCGGGGAAGAAGAUGAUUAUGGGGAAAAGUGACGAAGAUCAGUUGCAUUAGUACAGCUGUCGCUGCUGCUAAUUUUGCUGCUAUUUGCCAUAUGGCCAAACAUCCUGAUUCUGCAGACUAUUCAUGUGAGACCGUGAUGCUCAAUAGUGUAUUAUCCGCUUAAAAGGUUACCUCUAACCGUGAUACAUAAAUGUACGUGCGUGCGUGUGUCUGAAAAUGCUACAAGUUCACACAGAGUAAAUGCCUUCAAACGUAUAUAAAUAUACAUAUAUAAUAGGUUUGUGAGGACGUAUCCAUAUGUGUCUCUGCAUGGGUUUACACUCACAGAUGUACACCUUGGCUUCUCAACUCAGCCAUGAUAAGUAGCUGGUAGUGGAUUUUAUAGACUUGACAUGCCAAAAUAAUUUCUGUCCUUCACAUACAGAAUGCCCUCAAAACACAAAUGCCAAAUAUAAAAAACUGUAAAACCUCUGAUAUUAGUAGGGCCAUUUUUUAAUUACUUAGAAAAAAUAAUGGGGGAGAUAUUGGUGGAUGUAUGAUUGUAUAUCAGUAUGCAACUAUGAAACAUGUACACACUUGAAAAAUUGGCUUCACAAACUUGUCUCUGUAUGGUGUUCAUGUUGUAUCUUAUUAAGGACAUAUGAACCUUAAGAAUUAAGCAACAUUUUUACGGCCCUAUACAUAACAUAUAUAACAAUGAUGUAUCAAUGCUAUUUCCAUCAUUUCUCUUUUUUUCCUGCAGUGUUCACCAGCCUGUUUAUGUAUUUCAUUGUGACAUUAAGAAUGUAACUUAGGACAAUAAUCUCCUCAGUGUCAAUAAGGUAACAUGAAUCAUUGAUUCAGGCGUUGUGGCAAUCACCUUUCUGACUGCUUAUUUUAGUCGCAAACCAAAUAGAGAUGAUCAUUUACAUGUCUCCAGUUAAUGGUGAAAGCUAGUGAAGUGAUUUUUAUGUCCAGGUGAAGUGGCAGAAGGGCUGGAUUCUUUGUGAUGGUCUUGGUGACUAUAGCUAAGAAUCUGACCAAGACUGUAUCAGUAGGUCCCAGAUAAUGAUUGUGCUGUUCAGAUUUAUUCGCAAGGCCCAUUUCUCACCUGCCUGUUCCACAUUGUUACUUUCUUGCUGUUAUUAGGUCUAUUUUUAAGCUGGAAAUGAGGGGCACAUGGUUCAAAACUGUUUAAUAUUUUUGGAGGGAAAUUCUGACAGCUAAAGAGAACACACCUUUUACCUCUCUUUCUCGUUUACCUUCUGAAAAUCAGAGAAAUAUGAACACACAAAGAUGCAAAAUCCCUUUUAAAGACCCUUGUCUAAUGUCAGAAGUUACCCCCUCCCCUACCACCCAAGCCCCCUAAAAGAUAUAUAUCCCAUCAAGAAUGGUUUUUAGGUGGGAUGCUGUUUCACAGGCUCUUGUGUAAAGUUACUAGGGACCAUCGUAAGCAUGUCUGUGCUGUUCUUCCUCCUGCCGCUUCUCUAACCUGGUUUUUAACUGUGGCUUCUUCUAGGUCAUUACCUGUGUUGUUCGGAACAGUCUCUGUCAUACUGUAACACACUCAUACUGCAGCUGUACUCUUGACACGUUUCUCUGGAUUGAGAGGUUUACCAAAAGUUACGUGUCUAUUACUCGCCAUUAUGUUGGAGAAAUGGGCAGGAGUUUUCUGUAGAUUUUGUAAUGUUGGUUUUGUGAAUAGCAUUAGGUCUGGAAGGAAUGAGUAUAUGAAAUGUGUAGUAUAUUUUUAUUUUUCUUGUUAUUGCUGUUCUUGUUUUUGCAAGAUGUACUCAUACUUAAUCAGUAUUCCUGUUAUUGACCUCAGUUACUGCACUUGUUUUUUUGUACAGUCAUUUUAAAGUCUACUUUUAAAAAAGCUGCUAAAAUCAAACAGGUUUAUUUUUUUUAAAGUGUAGUAUAUUUUAUUUUGACUCUGUUAUUAUAAAAUGUUAACCAUUCAUUUAUUAUUGUUGUCAAUGUGGAUUUAUCCCUUAUCUUUUCACACACAUUUAGAAAUCUGCGUCUCUUAAAACAUUCAGAUACUCUAAAGUCGAGAAACCGUACCGAGUAAAGUGCAGCUACCGAAACAAGGACAAUCAGAGUAAGAGAUGUCAUGGAAAUGAAAGCCAGCUUACUGUAGCCGCAUGGCCUGCUUACAUUGUACAGUAGCUUCUCCAAGACCAAGCAGUAAAAAGUGCAGGAGACAACUAAAGGAGGAGGUUGUACAGUAGGUUUUAAAGAUGACAGUUAAGUACGAUUUGUUUUUCUCAAUAUGUAGGUCAGGUAAGAGAAAUGUAUUGUUCUGCGAUAGUUAAUCCACAUGUGCUUUUUUAUGAUACUGUCAAAUUGUAUGUAACUGUAUGCAAAAUACUGCUGCUUUAAACAUAUUACCGAUAGGCAGGGAGUGCACAACAUAUAAUUGCGAUACAAUACCAGUUCAUAUGACUAUUAAUGAAUAGAUAUGUAGAAGUAUAUGAAAAUGAAAUAAACCAUCACUUCUCAAUGCUUAGAGGACUCCUGGAAAACAGCCACACAACCAAUCUGUUUCCUCUCAUCAGCUCAGGAUCAAUAUACACAUGAUCUCCCUCCAAUGAGCUGAUCAAAUGUUAGUACUGGACCAAGCUGCUUACCUGUCAUUCCCCUGUAUCUCUUUUUCGCAGCCAUUCUCAUUGAUAAUCUGUUUCUUUGCUAUCAGCAAAACUACAAUUCAAAACUGUGAUCAGUUUCUUUUGUCUGACCGUGAUUGCCCUUGUGAAACACACAACUAAACUGUAUUUUUUCUUUUUUUAUAUACUGCCUUUCUCAAGCCAUGAAAACGCAAAUUAAAUAAAUGAAAAUUCUGAAAAAAAAAUGUUAAUGAAAAGGGAAAAAGAAUCAUUGACAGUCUACUGUAAGCACCACAACAUUUUUUGCUUUACCUCAUGCCUGUAAUGUUUGCUGCUUCUGUUUUUAGCUAUUUUAGUAAUUUAAGUCUCAUAGCAAUAUAUAAUGGUGUAAAUAGUAGAAUUAUUUAUUGAGAAUGUCAUCUUUUUAAUUUAUAUUCACACAGUGUUCAUCUAAGUUAUUUUUUGCCUUUUACCAUUGUAAUAUUAUUUGAUGUGAGGUCAAUUAUUUUUUUCUGUCAUCUGUCUCUGAUUUUUUUUUCUUUUCUUGUUCCCAUAAACUACAGGUCUAACCUUACUGCAGUACACAAUUAAACAAAAGAGAACACAAUAUAAUCCACAAAAUGUUUCCCCAUGUUUUUUUUACCCCUCCUUUUUUAAAAUGUCUCUUCCCCUUUAAUUAUUUUCAGAUACACACUAAACAUUAUUGUGUAUUCAAGGGGUCCUCAAAGUCUUGUUUAGAACAAGGAUGUACAGUAGGGUUUUGAUAGAUUUAAAUAAGAUUUUUUUGAGAGGGCGAUGGAAUGUUGCUGUAAAUUAUGUAAUAAAUAAGGCAUAUGGAUCCAGAUUCUGGUUAAUCAGGCGUUGUGAGGAGGUCCAGCUGUAUGUUCAGAUGUAGCAUAAGGAACAAAAGACUUUAACAGAAAAUAUCACUGGGCUAUCUGCUUUUUCAUGUAAUUUGGUUUUUGAAGUAAUUGCCAAAUGCAGUUUUGGGAUUUGGGUUGAGUUGUCCAUUGAGCAUUUGUUACAUGACAUGUAAGAGGUUUACCAUGGAAAACAAUCUCAUAAUUCUCGUAUUUGUCUUAAUGCGUGACUUCAUUCCACACCAAAUAUGCAAAGUACUAUUGAAGUUCAUGUAUUAUAUAAUUAAAAUAUAUAUAUGUGUGUCUCAAAGAGCAGGCUUUAGACAAGGUCAAAGACUUUAUUCAUUGUUUUGAUGUUAAACUUUACUAUAAUGUUUGCAAGUCCUAUGGCAUGUGUUCAUCAAAGAUCAUAUUUUAUUAAAAUAAAAUGUUUACUUAAAUUAAGCAUAUAUUUUAACAUAAUUGCAUAAUUAAUAAAGCUCCUUUGGACGUUUGGAAUUCUCCAUAAUGGUAUCAGGGCAUCCCAGAAAUUCUGUUGGUAACAGUGGCACCAAUCUGUCCAUUACUUUGCUCCAUCUACAAAAUGCAAUAAUCUACAAGGAAGAGAUUGUUUCAGCAGCUGUGCUGCACCUUGUUGCUCAUUAUCCCUCUGUCUCUUUCUCCAUCUUCCUGUACUCUUUCAUAUAUUAAUAUUCUAAAUAAUUGUAUUUUCUCCUGAAGUAGGGGUGAAUUUUUGUUUUGGAUAUAAUGCAGAUCAUCCCAUAUAACGACAUGUUGGUAUUUGGUUUUAGUACAAAAUAAUAAUAAUAAUAAUAAUAAUAAUAAUAAUGAUAAUAAUAAUAAUAAUAAUAAUAAUAAUAAUAGCAGUUUCAUUUGAAGGCAUUACAGUUGUUAAGUUCCAAAUUGUGGUGGCUUACGUUUUCAGAACUAAGACAUUUUUCGAUUAUUUGUAUUUUGCGCUCAUUUCAUUUCAGUUUUAAUAUUAACUUUUCCCUUGUCUGUCCCCAUCUUCCAUUAUCUUGUUCAUAAUUUAUGUUACAUAAUUCAGUUAUAGUAUGUCCUCAUCAGGAAAAUGUAAAGCAUUUAUUUUUGCUUAUCACUGAGGGACAAGAAUGUGACUGAGAAUUUAGAAGUGGCAUAUGAAAAGACUUCAGAAUUCACAUUAUACAGUAGGACACACCUACCAUCUGAAUGCGAAACUUCUUUUGUUGGUUACCUCGCACAUGUUCAGUAGUGAAGACAUUCAGACAGGUCAAAUUUCAUAUUGUACUAAUCAAACAUUGGCUGGAAUAUGGGUUCCUCAGUUUUCAGUUAAGUCAGUGUUUGGGAAAGUAGUCCUGCAGCCAUAAAAUUGGAUAAAUACCACCUCACAAGAAACAAAAAAGCUUUUUUUAAAAAAAAAAAAAAAAGUUACAUAAAGUUUAAAGUGCUCCUGUUAUUUGUCAUAUUU